AUGUCGGCCGCAUUGCUCUCUCUGGCUUGCUUGCCAGGCGCCCUUUCAGCAGUGCUUGACCUUCCAAUAUGGCUGAAGAAUGGCUACUCGGUGGUUGAUGUGGAGGUUGGAACACCCCCUGUCACGCAUACCCUGCUGUUCGACAGUGGAAGCUCGACGACUUGGAUGGUUGCCGCAGAGUGCGAUGGGACAGCCCUCUGCCCCAACAACAGCGGAUUCAACCGGACUGGAUACAAUGAGACGACUUCGUCCACAUCCAACGCCACGGGCGCGUACGGGUCGAUCGAGUAUCUGGGAGGCGUGACGGCUGGUGUUGGCAUGGAGGACGUCUUCACGUUCCCGUCCGCCCCUGACACGGUCUGGACCCAGACCUUCCUGGAGGCCUUCCAGUCCUCUUGGUUCAACAUCCCAGCGGACGGAUUCCUGGGCCUGGCCUUCAGUACCAUCUCGGACGCCAACACGACGACCCUGGUGGAGACGCUCCUGUGGUCGGGCAAGCUUGACGAGCCCCGGUUUGGCCUCUACUACGGCGUCGAGCUGGAGAGCACGGGCGACAGCGCCGGCGAGGGAAGGCUCACGUUGGGUGGCUCGCACGAGGACACAUACGUCGACGGCGAUCUCGUCUGGACCAGCCUGUCGCUGCCUGACGAGCGCGCCCAGCUGUGGCGCGUCGACAUGCUGUACGCAGUCGGCACGACGCCCAACAAGACCCAGUCGACCGUGACCCUCUCGGGCGCAUGGGGCGUGUUCGACACAGGAGCAGGGCGGAUCUCGGUGCCGGACCCGUUGAUCGAGGACAUCUACGCGAGCAUCGGCAUGAACUGGACCGCCAUCACCGAAGGUGGCUACCUCCCGCUGUGCACCGAGUUCACGGACGCGUGGUCGAUCGAGUUCAACAUCGGCGACAGCAUCAACCCAAGCACGCUCGUCCUCACUGGCGAUAUGCUCAAGAAGCCUGGGUUCGCGACGGGCGAGGACAAGUACUGCUGGCCGCCAUUCGACCCCAGCGGCUCGGACGGGCUGUUCCUAUUCGGUUCCGGCUUCCUGCAGAUGCACUACACGGUGCACGACUUCGGUGGGUUCGAGCCGUCGAGCUACAAGGCGAGGAUCGGGAUCGGCGCGUUGAAGGACGAGUACAGGCCCGAGCACAUCUGA